AAUCCAACUGCUUCAACAUACAUGAAACGUACAGGUAAUUUCCAAGUAGGUAGGUCCCUGCUAGUUGCUUUCUUGUUGAAAAUUCAAGGAAAUGGAAGUUCCGUGGAGAUUUCUUUCUUCUCUUUUACUAUUUGGUAUGAAAGCAAUUUUCAAUGCACAUGGUAAUUGGGAAUCCUUGUUGGGUCAUCCCAAUCCCUGUUAUCCCCCUACUACUUGUAUGUCAAUGCUUGCCAGCUUCUUAGAAGAUGCCCUUGCAGUCGAAGUAAAAACUGAUGGCAUUGAUAUUGGAGGAAAUAUAAUAAAACUUGAAGAUGGUUUUUGCUAUUUUGUUAGCUUGUACCUGUCUGUCUUCACUCAAGAAGCAAAGGCAUAUUUCAUGGCUGAUGCUGUGGUAUACUUGCUUGUGGAGAGGUUGGGUAACGUCCUGAUCAAGGAAACUAUAGCCUUAGGGAGUGUACGGUAUCAGGUCCAACAGAUGCAAAUCAAGCUAAAACGGAUACCGUGCUUUCUAAAAGAUGCUGACAAGAGGCAAGAUGAGGAUGCCAGUGUUCGGAAUUGGGUUUCAGAGAUAGGAGAUGCUGCUUUUGACAUUGAGGAUGUUAUUGACAGUUUUGUACUUGAAUUUGCACCUCGGAAUGGAAGAAGAAUCCAUAAUCCCAUCACCAAAGGCAUGGCACUUCAAAACCUUGUUUCAAAAAUUGAUGAAAUUAAAUCUCAAAUAAUUGAUCUCACCAGAAGCUUACAAACUUAUGGAAUAACUGCAAGAAACGAAGGAGAAGGAACUAGCUUAGCAUUUGAGAGGCAGAGGCAGCUCAGGUGGUCUUAUUCCCAUGUUGUUGAAGAGUAUAUUGUUGGGUUUAAUGAAGAUAUAAGGCAACCGAUAGCAUAGCUGGUGAAUGAAGAGAAAUGCAGAGUUGUGUCCAUCUGUGGUUGAUCUACUCUCCGUAUAGACGUAAAUCGCCUUAAAGAACAAUAAUAACUUGUGGUGGAGAUGGAGAAGAAUGUUCAAAGAACAACAAUUUUAAGGCGAUUCACAAUGUGCAAACCAAAAGUAAAAUAUAUGAGGCUUUGUGUAAGCAUAAUAUAAAAUUCUAAUUUUU